CCGGCUCGUCCCAGCCCGUCCCUCCGCCUCCUCCUCCCUCCCCUCAAGGUGUGUCUCUGGGCUCCACCGCUGCCCGUCCCACUGCCCGGCAGACGCCGCCCGAGAGGCCACCGCCGCAGCCCCUGACCCUGAGACAGACCCGCCAAGCGCCUGCCAUGGACGCCGCCGACGCCGCCCGGAGCAACGGGGCCAGCCCGGAGGCCAGGGAAGCCCGCAGCCCGCCAGGCCCCGUGGGCAGCCCUGAGAGCGGGGCCAAGGCGGACAGUAAGGACGCCAAGACCACCAACGGGCACAGCGGGGAGGCGGCUGAGGGCAGGAGCCCGGGCAGCACCCCGAAGCCAGGGGAGGGGAAGAGCACCCUGUUCCUGGGGGGCGAGUGGCGGCGGCCCAUCGUCCAGUUCGUGGAGUCGGUGGACGACAAGGGCCCCAACUACUUCAGCAUGGACUCCGGGGACGGCAAGCGGUCCCCCUACGCGGGGCUGCAGCUGGGGGCCGCCAGGAAGCCGCCGGUCACCUUCGCCGAGAAGGGGGAGCUGCGCAAGUCCAUCUUCUCGGAGCCCCGCAAGCCCGCCCUGGCCGUCGGGGAGCCCGGGGACGCCAGGAGGCACAGCUUCCCCCGGGCGGACCCGGGCAGCCUGCCGCGCGCCAAGCCGGGCGCCGAGGAGGUCCUGUGCGACUCCUGCAUCGGCAACAAGCAGAAGGCGGUCAAGUCCUGCCUGGUGUGCCAGGCCUCCUUCUGCGAGCUGCACCUCAAGCCGCACCUGGAGGGCGCCGCCUUCCGCGACCACCCGCUGCUGGAGCCCAUCGGCGACUUCGAGGCCCGCAAGUGCCCGCUGCACGGCAAGACCAUGGAGCUCUUCUGCCAGACGGACCAGACCUGCAUCUGCUACCUGUGCAUGUUCCAGGAGCACAAGAACCACAGCACUGUGACCGUGGAGGAGGCCAAGGCCGAGAAGGAGACAGAGCUGUCCCUGCAGAAGGAGCAGCUGCAGCUCAAGGUCAUCGAGCUCGAGGACGAAGCAGACAAGUGGCAGAAGGAGAAGGACCGCAUCAAGAGCUUCACCACCAACGAGAAGGCCAUCUUGGAGCAGAGCUUCCGGGAGCUGGUGCGGGACCUGGAGAAGCAGAAGGAGGAGGUGCGGGCCGCGCUGGAGCAGCGGGAGCAGGAUGCCGUGGGCCAGGUGAAGGUGAUCGUGGACGCCCUGGACCAGCGGGCCCAGGUGCUGCAGGAGGACAAGCAGACCCGGGAGCAGCUGCACAGCAUCAGCGACUCGGUGCUCUUCCUGCAGGAAUUUGGCGCUUUGAUGAGCAAUUACUCCCUGCCCCCGCCCCUGCCCAGCUACCGUGUGCUGCUGGAGGGGGAGGGCCUGGGGCAGGCGCUGGGCAACUGCAGGGACGACCUGCUGAACGUGUGCAUGCGCCACGUGGAGAAGAUGUGCAAGGCCGACCUGAGCCGCAGCUUCAUCGAGAGGAGCCACGCGGAGAACGGGGUUGACCAUCGCUACAUGAGCAACUACACCAGCAGCUACGCCAGCGACUGGAGCGCGCCCGACACCAUGAAGCGGUAUUCCAUGUACCUCACGCCCAAGGGGGGCGCCAGGACGUCGUACCAGCCCGUGUCCCCCAGCCGCCUCCCCAAGGACAUCAACCAGAAGAACUUCAGUAAUCUCUAUGGCACCAAAGGUAACUACACGUCGCGAGUCUGGGAGUACUCCUCCACCGUGCAGGGCCCCGAGGACCUGCCCCUGCCCGGGGUCCAAGGCAGCUCCUCCUUCUCUCUGAAAGUCUCACCACCGGCCAUUCUACGUCAACAAAGGCAACGGGAUUGGCUCCAACGAGGCCCCGUGAGCUCCAGCGGGAGCGAGGCACCCCCUCCCGCUGACCCUGCUGCUCUUGCUACUGUCGCGGCUGCAGGAAGGCCGGUGCUGUGCCGGCCGUCCCCAGCCCUCUGCCCGCCCCCAGGGCCAUCCUGCCCACCCCCCUCCCCUUUGCCACACUCACCCAGGCCGCUCUCCCACGUCCGGUUUCUAAUGGUCACGGUCUUCGUUCUGCUCAGAAGCCAAGCAUCACGGGGGUGGGGGACAAGUGGGCUUCUCUCCCCGACCCCCACCUUUCUCUUCAGUGGGACUAGCUUGGCUGCCACAUGGGGCCAGCCUGCCUCCUAUCGGAUGGGCCCUGCUCUCCAAGCCCUGGCCCCAGGCUGCGAGCAGGGGUGCCUGGCCCAGCCUUUACUUCCCACCCGCGGGGGCCGUCCAGGAGAGACUGUUGCUGUGCCCUGCCCUGGCCUCCCUGUCCAGGCCCAGCCCGGCAGACCUUCAGCCCGUGGCCAUGACAGAGGGAGGCUUCUCAGGGCCUUGGCAUCGUCCCUGGGCUCCCACACCCACUCUGGGUCUGCAGUCCCGCAGGGCAGCUCUCCUGGCUGGCGGGACUUGAGCCAGAACAUUCUCUCUCUGAGAUGAGCAGUUCCCUGACAAUGGAGUCCCGGGCCCAGCUGCCCUGCAGAGCACCAUUUACCUGCAGAGCCCGUUAGUUCUGUAAUUUUGAAUCCCCUGGCGAUGGGCAGCAGGGGGGUGGGGGGUGGGGGAGAGUGUGCUGGGCGGGAAGGCCACGCUAUUCAAUGAGGUGCCUCUACGCU